AUGACCAAGUCGCUGUCCUCCGCGACCACACCAUAUACCCCAAGAGAGCCCAGCACCGAACUGCCAUUCAGAGCAGCGUCCGCUCCAGAUCGCAAGCGAAGCCAUCCACAUCCGUACCUUUGCGGUAAUUUCGCUCCUGUGCAGAAGGUCCAAAGUCUGAAACCGUGCGCAUAUUCUGGGAAUAUACCCAAAGAGCUGGUCGGGGGUGAAUACGUUCGAAAUGGCGGCAAUCCUGUUGCAAACGAGGACUUGGGUCGAGAUGCACAUUGGUUCGACGGUGAUGGCAUGCUCAGUGGUGUCGCAUUUACACCAACUUCCAAUGGUGUCCAACCAGAAUUCGUCAACCAAUACAUCCUGACCGACAUCUAUCUGUCAACGAUAUCUGCAAAACACCUGCGCGUUCCAAUCCUUCCCAGCAUAGCGGCAUUGGUCAACCCCCUGACCUCGUUGUACAAGAUCAUACUCCUUGUUUUCCGCAGCCUACUGAUUGUCUUAUUAUCGCGACUUCCUGGCUCAGUACAAGUUAUCAAGAAAAUCAGCGUGGCCAACACGGGUGUCUUGUUUCAUGAUGGCCGUGCUCUUGCCACCUGCGAAUCUGGACCUCCAAUGAGAGUCGCUCUUCCGGGCCUCGAGACUGUUGGCUGGUUCAAUGGGAAGAGAGCAGAAGGGGAGCUGGGAGGUGAAGACACCCCAGGAUUUGGCGGAGAUGGAGUACUGCAGUUCAUGAAAGAAUGGACAACGGCACAUCCUCGUGUGGAUCCGAAGACAGGGGAGCUCGUCCUCUUCCACUCGACCUUUGUCCCUCCCUUUGUACAUUAUUCAAUUAUACCUGCGACUUUCCCGCCCGCCGUUCCUUCCUCGCCGCUCGACCAGCCGACAAGGCUCCUGAAUGCUCCUAUCCCGGGCGUCUCCUCAGCAAAGAUGAUGCAUGACUUUGGCGUAUCUUCCCACCACACUGUCAUCAUGGACCUGCCUCUGUCGCUGGAUCCAUUGAAUUUGGCAAAGCUUAAGCCUGUUGUUUCCUAUGACUCAACCUCUCAUUCUCGAUUUGGUGUCUUUCCUCGAUACUUCCCUCAUCAGAUUGUCUGGUUCAAGACAAAACCAUGCUGCAUUUUCCACACUGCCAAUACGUGGGAUGAUCAGGUGGUUGACAAAGUAUCUGGACAGACGAAGACGUCUGCAGUCAAUAUGCUAGCAUGUCGCAUGACUUCAGCUUCUCUCGUUUUUGCUACAGGCGACAUUCCUGCUCCGCAACAAACGUCCAACGAACCUGAUAGUGAAGAAGAACAGUGCCGGCUCUACUACUACCGUUUCUCAUUGGCACAGCCGGGCCAUAUAACUCACGAGUUCGGAUUAAGUGCCAUUCCAUUCGAAUUUCCCAACAUCAGGAAAGACCGAACAAUGAGUCAGGUCAAAUAUGUCUUUGGAUGCUCCACUUCUAGAGGUACCUUUAGAGCCGCCCUCGGCCGCGCUGUCAAGAUCGACUGCUUGGUCAAGGCAGACGUAGAGAGCCUCAUCAAGCGAGGGAAGACCUAUUCACUUGCCGGACAUAGUCCUGACUGUGUUGAUACCAGAUCCGUCGACGAGAUCCUCCUGUCUCAGCAGGAAGAUGACCCGAUCUCGAUCUUCCGCCUUCCCCGAGGCUGGUUUGCGCAGGAGCCGCACUUUGUGCCACGUGAAAACGGCACUCACGAGGACGACGGCUGGUUGCUGACCUACGUCUUUGACGAAUCACAACUAGACUCAUCUGGAGAAUGUCGCCCGGACGCCAAAAGCGAGCUGUGGGUCAUUGACGCCCGAGAUAUGAAGACGCUCGUCGCCCGCGUGUACUUGACGCAAAGAGUGCCCUAUGGCCUGCAUGGCCACUUCUUCACCGAAGAACAGAUCAAGUCGCAGCGGCCCGUUGGGACUAUUCGAGCUAUCAAACAAAGGGGCCAGCUCCAGCAGCAGACCAGCUGGUGGAUGGCCUUGAGGAACAGGUUGGAGAUGGCCCUGGGAUGA